AUGGACUGUGAGAAUGGCACAGACAUUGAUGAGUUUGUUCUUCUGGGUUUCUCUUCAGAGCCUAGACAGCAGCUUCUCCUUUUCCUCUUUUUUCUGGUGAUGUAUGGAGCAGCACUUAUGGGGAACGUCAUGAUGAUCAUUCUCAUCACUGUGGAUGCUCGGCUCCACACACCCAUGUACUUCUUGCUACGUAAUCUCUCUGUGGUAGAUGUGGGCUUCAUCUCUGUCACUGUGCCCCAAAUGUUGUCUCAAAUUAUUUUCUCUUACAAUACUAUACCUUUCUAUAACUGUUUGGUUCAGUUCUUCUUCUUCUAUGUGUUUGCUGUUUCUGAUCACCUCUUGGUGAGCGUUAUGGCUCUAGAUCGCUAUAUUGCCAUUUGUAAUCCACUGCACUACGUUACAGUCAUGAACCAGAAGGUCUGUGGACAUCUUGUGGUUGGCUGCUUCAUCAUUUCAACCCUUCACUCUAUGCUCCAUGCCGGCCUCCUCCUGCGUCUUAGUUACCAUGGAGACAAUCACCUCGACUACUUCUUCUGUGAUCAUCAGCCCUUGCUACAACUGUCCUGCUCAGACACCAGCCUCAAUGAAGCAGCCAUCUUCUUUGAAGCUGGAAUCAUAAUCAUUGGACCUGUUGUCUUCAUUAUACUCACUUACGCUUGCAUUGUGGCAACUGUGAUGAAGCUGUCACCCUCAGCAAGGCACAAAGCUUUCUCCACUUGUGGUUCCCAUCUUACCAUAGUGCUGCUCUUCUAUAGCGCGACCUUUGGUGUCUAUUUUUUGCCCACAUCUAGCUAUUCAUCCAAGAGGGGGUCUAUUUUUGCUGUGGUUUACGCCAUCAUCACUCCAAUGUCCAAUCCUUAUGUUUACUGUCUGAGGAAUAACGAAGUGAAAGUGGCCCUGAGGGAUUUCCUGGGAAGGAGGAUCCUUUCUCAGUGGUAA